AUGCUAGCUUCGCUGCAAGUAUUUGCCGUCGUCGCUCGAGAGAAUCAUGGACGCCAAGAAAAAUUUAUCCGUUUUCGGUCGCCAGAAGGAGGUUUCCAACGGAUUGUUCACGACAUACCCGACGAGAUAAAGCCUGGUAUUCGCUUCCAGUCAAGAGCGUUUGCUGUCCUCCAAGAAGCAAUCAAGUCAUUUGCAACAACCUACUUCACAACUAUGAGAUUAAACGCCAACCAUGCUAAUCGCGUUACGAUCUGGCUCGAGGAUAACAAUCUUGUGGACAUGUUGCGAUCUGGUACCCACCCCACCCAUUAGCAAAGAAGAAGUGAUAUCAGUCACAUUGAUUCGCCCAACUAUGACACCUAGCGCAUUUGACAGAUUGAGGAUAUUGCGAUUUGGGCAACAUAGAAGCCGCGAAGGAGAGAUAUACUUAAGAGGGGGGAGUAUAGGAUCACUUGAAAAUGAU